GCGGCGGGGUGGAUGGUGGCGUCUGAGACGCUGUGGUGCGGGGCCGAAAGAUGCCCUGUGUGGCCACUGUUUACGGGUGCUCAGCCUUGAUGAGGCAGGAGCUGGAGUCCUAUUAUGGGGCCGGGGCAGCGCCCGCUCCUGGUGCAGCGUUUGUCUACUGAGGGACUGCGGAAUCUGGAGGCGGCAGCGGAGCUAUGCUCCGGCUGCUGUCACAGGGCUGAUCACUGUUGUCCAGAGAAACCCGGGGGAGACCCCGGCGAGAGAGACCACUGCAUCCGCCCAUCCUCGCACUCUCUGCCUUGCCGCGUAGAGGGGGAGUUCCGCUCUCCCUGCCCGGAAGCCGCGGGGCGCGCCCGGAAACUGGCGGCGGGCGAGAGGCGGAGCUGCGGCUGCCACGUUGGAGAGCGCUGGAAACAGUGAUAUGAAGCUGAAGGAAGUAAAUCGUACUGCUAUGCAGGCAUGGAGCCCUGCCCAGCAGCACCCUAUUUACCUGGCCACAGGUACAUCAGCUCAACAGCUGGAUGCAACCUUCAGUACAAGUGCUUCUCUAGAAAUAUUCAAGUUGGACUUAUCAGACCCUUCACUGGAUAUGAAGUCCUGUGCCACCUUCUCCUCCUCUCACAGAUACCACAAGCUGAUCUGGGGACCACACAACAUGACCUCAGGUGAGAGAGCCUCUGGAGUCCUGAUUGCUGGUGGUGAAAAUGGAAAUGUCAUUCUGUACGACCCAGCCAAAAUCAUAGCUGGAGACACCGAAGUAAUAAUUGCCCAGAAAGACAAGCACACAGGACCAGUAAGGGCCCUCGAUAUCAACGUGUUUCAGACUAAUCUGGUGGCCUCUGGUGCUAAUGAGUCUGAAAUCUAUAUCUGGGACUUGAACAGUUUUGCUACACCGAUGACACCAGGAGUGAAGACACAGCCUCUUGAGGACAUCAGCUGCAUUGCAUGGAACAGGCAAGUACCACACAUCCUGGCAUCUGCCAGCCCUAGUGGACGAGCUACUGUAUGGGAUCUCAGGAAGAAUGAACCCAUCAUCAAAGUCAGUGAUCACAAUAACCGGAUGCACUGCUCAGGCCUGGCUUGGCACCCUGAUGUUGCUACCCAGAUGGUUUUGGCCUCAGAGGAUGACAGGUUACCUGUGAUUCAGAUGUGGGAUCUAAGGUUUGCUUCCUCACCGCUUCGUGUUAUAGAAAGCCAUACAAGGGGUAUAUUGGCCAUUGCUUGGAGUACUGCAGAUUCAGAGCUGCUGCUUAGCUGUGGGAAGGAUGCUAAGAUUCUCUGCUCCAACCCUAACACAGGCGAGGUGCUGUACGAGUUGCCCACAAAAACACAGUGGUGCUUUGAUAUCCAGUGGUGUCCUAGGAACCCUGCGGUUUUGUCUGCAGCUUCAUUUGAUGGGCAGAUCAGCAUUUACUCCAUCAUGGGAAGCAGCACAGAUGGCUUGAGGCAAAAGCAAGUUGACCAGUUUUCAUCACCUUUUGGGAACCUCGAUCCAUUUGGUGCAGGACAGCCACUCCCACCCUUGCAGCUUCCUCAGCAGACCACCCCACAGAGUCUUGUUUUACCCCUAAAGAAACCACCAAAAUGGAUCCAGCGACCUGUGGGAGCGUCGUUUGCGUUUGGAGGGAAGCUGGUUACGUUUGAGAAUGCCAAGUCCCAGCAGCAACCAGGCGUUGAGCAGCUGCAGCAUCACCAUGUCUUCGUGAGCCAGGUUGUUACAGAGAAAGAGUUCCUGGCCCGCUCGAGUCAGCUGCAGGAGGCUUUGCAGUCUGAAAGCUUUGUCAGCUACUGCCAGAAGAAAAUCGACACUGCCUCGGCUGACUUUGAGAGAAAUGUGUGGGCCUUCUUAAAGGUGAACUUCGAAGAAGAUUCACGUGUUAAAUACCUUGGGCUCUUGGGAUAUAAGAAGGAUGAUCUGAGGAAGAAGAUUACAUCCACUAUGAAUAAUGAGGGUCUUGUGGAUGCUGACUUGAAAGAGACUUUUUCAGAAUCUGAUGAAUCUGUGCCAGACAAGGGAGAUGAAGGCCAUACUAUGGAGAAGCAGUUCUUGGAAGAGGGGAUGAAUGACUGCAAACAAGAAACUGGAGAUUUGAGAUCUGCAAAGAAGACAUUUAACAUCUCUGUCAUUGGAGAUGUGGACGGUUUGAUUACCCAGGCUCUGCUGAUGGGUGACUUUGAGAGUGCAGUAGAUCUCUGCUUGCACAAUAACCGCAUGGCUGACGCCAUUAUCUUGGCCAUUGCAGGCGGACAAGAGCUGCUGUCUAGGACACAAGAAAAGUACUUUGCUAGGAUGCAGAGCAAAAUUACCAGGCUCAUCACUGCAGUGGUAACAAAGAACUGGAAAGAGAUUGUACAGUCUUGUGAUCUGCAGAACUGGAGAGAGGCUUUGGCUGCUGUGCUUACUUAUGCCAAGCCAGAUGAGUUUGCAGCCCUUUGUGAUCUCCUUGGUAACAGACUGGAGAGUGAGGGGGACAGCCUUCUGCAGACACAGGCCUGUCUCUGUUACAUUUGUGCCAGCAAUGUGGAGAAGCUCAUUGCUUGUUGGACCAAAGCUCAGGAUGGAAACAGCCCCUUGUCCCUUCAGGAUUUAAUAGAGAAAAUCGUUAUCCUGCGCAAAGCUGUGCAGCUUACCCAGGCUAGUGACCCUAAUGCUGUUGGGGCCCUUUUGGCUGAGAAGAUGAGCCAGUAUGCCAACCUCCUGGCUUCCCAGGGCAGCAUUGCUGCAGCUUUGACCUUUCUUCCUGCAAACACCAACCAGUCAAACAUCAUCCUAUUACGGGACAGGCUUUUCAGAGCCCAGGGGGAGCUUCCGGUGGGACAGGAGUCCUUCAAGUUUGAAAGACAGCCCAUCCCCAAAGGACAAGCUGCUCCUGUGGCUGGACAGAUGCAAAGGCCACAGGCUCCAGCCCAGCAGUAUUACCAACAGGUUACAAUUGCCCCUACUGUCACUACCUGGAGUAACAAAACUCCUACUGCCCUUUCCAGACAUCCUCCUGCACGCUGUCCCUCUGACACACAGGGAGACAGCCCACCUCCUCCAGGGUUUGUCAGGCCAGCUGUUGCUAACCCCUCUGUGCAACCCCCAGCAAGCCACAUCUACUCACAAGCAGGGACCCGACCAGGAUACCCACAGACAUAUCAGGCUACACAGCACUCUUGUGGAACAGGGGGACCAGCUCUCUAUCAGCCUCAGCAGCCUAUCACUGUCCCUGCUUCAGCCUCUUACCUGAACACUACCUCUCCCUACCUGCCCUCCGCCCCUGUUCACUCUGUGCCCUCCGCAGUGUACAAUGGGCAGGCUCAACCCUCUCCUGCGAGUCCCAACUCUCCCUUCCCUUUUCCUCCUCCUGGUUCAUCCUUUCAGCAUGGCAGGCCAGGACCUCCAGCAACUUCUGUGGCUUAUGCAUUACCUACUGGACCAACAGGUACUCUGCCUGCAACUGGUGACGUUCCUGCAUCCCAGAGAACAGGGCCUCAGAACGGCUGGAAUGACCCUCCUGUCCUAAACAGAGCUGCCAAAAAGAAGGUCCCUGAUAACUUUCUACCCCCGGUUCCCAUCACCUCCCCCAUUAUGAACCCACUGGUGGAUCCACAGUCUCAGGCGGCUCUGGCACCCCCCACAGGUGCACCCAUCUUCAAGACUCCACAUGUUCCUGCAGGGCAGCCAGUGCUGCAGGGUGGCUGCUCACCUGCUCCCCAGUCUCUGGGACCAUGCAUAAUGCCACCUGCUGUUGCCAAACCCAGCACAGAAGAGGCCCCGGGGGCCCCAGUCGGAAAUGCCAUCCAGCUUGUACAGGCACUGCCAACAGAGAAGAUUACCAAGAAGCCCAUCCCUGAGGAGCAUCUUAUUCUGAAGACUGCAUUUGAAGCUCUAAUCCAAAGGUGCCUGCUGUCUGCCUCUGAUCCGCAAACCAAGAGGAAACUAGAUGAUGCAAAUAAGCGGCUGGAGUUUCUGUAUGACAAACUUAGGGAACAGACACUCUCUCCAACUAUCAUUAGCGGUUUGCACAACAUUGUGAAGAGCAUUGAAACCCGUGACUACCAGGAAGGACUGAACAUCCACACACACAUAGUCAGCACUAGCAACUUCAGCGAGACCUCUGCUUUCAUGCCUGUCCUGAAAGUUGUCCUCACCCAGGCCAAUAAGCUGUGUGUCUGAAGUAACUCUGCAUUUGCAUACUCUCAAGGGUUGCCUUUUGAAAGAAGUUAUUUCUUCAGCAAACAUGGAGGAAAUAUGGACCAAACGCUAGUCCUUAUGGCAUGUCACAGUAGAUAAAUGGCAUUACACUCUCCCUGAUAAAAUACUUUGUUCCAGGAGGGCCAUGAAGCCCUGGUGCUUUACUUUUUUAUUUUAUUCCUUUUCCCAUCACUAAUAAGUCUUGUCUGCAAACAGUAUAUAUGGAUGAUGCCACAUAUUGUCAAUUUUUAGAUGCAUGUUAUACUGCUUAACAGGGGCUUUUAAUAACAGAUACAUACUAAAACAAGGUAAGUUGUGUAUCAGAUCCUAAAACCACCCCACUCUUCCUUAUCCAUCAGAUUAAAGAGUCUGAUCACAUUAUAAGUGUAUUUAGUCUCUCAUUUUAUGAAGCUGAUUGCAGUUCUGUUACUACAUUCUUCAUGGUAAAUAGCUUACUUUUGAACUAGGGCAAAUGAGCAAAAUAAAGGCUAUUGUGAUUUUCAAUAAAUGCUAA